AAAAAGCAGCGGUCCAAGCACCGAUUCCUGAGGGACCCAAGUGAUCAUGUGGAGAGCAGUGGACAGUGAGCCCCUCCAUGACAUCCUGAAGGAUCUGCCGGCGAGAUGUUGACGAUGACGUCACAGAUGUGCUGUAAAUCAGUGGGAACUGAUCUGUCCAUGCUGGAUAUUGAUGAUUUCAUCACAGAAAUCUGUCAGCUGAAGAAAGAGGUGAAGUUACUGGAGGAAAAGCUGAGGACAAGAGGAGAUGAACUCAACACAGAGAUUGUGGUAAAGGUCGAGUCAAACCCCACAGACGCUCAGGACACUGUGUGUGACAGUAAUCACACCUUGAAUCAGGAUGAAUCUACUGAUCAAACCUCCACAGAGUCUCUGGAUUCUGUCUGUAACGCUGGAGAACAGCAGAUCCUGAACACCAGACCACUGAACAUGUGUUCUGUCACACUGAUGGACUGCAGGAAACUGAUGGAGAUCAAAACUGAACUCACAGUAAAGGAAGAACAGACUGAUGAAGAUGAGAAUCAUGGUGAUGGUUUUAUUCCUUCAGAUGAGAGCGGUGAUUCAUGUGGUGAUGGAGAAACGGCCUCUACAUCAAAACACACAGAACAGAAACUCUUCACCUGCACCAGAUGUGACAUCAGCUUUCCUACCUUACAAGAGAAGAAACUUCAUUCACAAGAGCACAGAGACAAGAAACACUUUCAUUGUGAGCCGUGUGGGAGGACUUUUCUCUACCCUACUAAUCUGAAACGUCACAUGAGGACACACACUGAUGAAAGGCCUUUCCACUGCAGUGAAUGUGACAAAUGUUUCAGAUGCAAAGAACAUCUUGUUGCUCAUCAGAGAAUUCACACGGGAGAAAAACCAUUCAAGUGUCCUCACUGUGAUGAGACAUUCAGUCUAAAGGCCUAUCUGAAGAAACACGUGUAUCUCCACACCAAUGAGAGACCGUAUCAGUGCAGUGAAUGUGGAAAAGGCUUCAGGGAUUCAAGUUGUCUCAAGUCACACCAAAAAAUACACUCUGAGAAACUCUAUCAGUGUUCACAUUGUGAUAAACCCUUCCAUCAUAAAUCUAAUCUGACACUGCAUGAGAGAACUCACACUGGAGAGAAACCUUACCUCUGUUCUCACUGUGGAAAGAGAUUUACUAAUUCAGGUUCUUUAAAACAUCACCAGAGAAUUCACACUGGAGAGAAACCUCAUCACUGCAGUGUUUGUGGGAAGAGUUUCAGUCGUCAAAGCGUUUUAGCAAAACACAUGCAAACUCACACCGGAUAAAGACCUUAGAAAUGUUCUCAGUGUGACAAGACGUUUACGCAAAGAGUUCUCAUGAACACCCAUGAGAGAGUUCACACUGGAGAGAAACAUCAUCACUGCUUGAUCUGCGGGAGACAUUUUCUGAGUCAUCAGAAGAAACAUGCUGAAGAACAAACUGGACUGGAAUCAUCUUAGCUCAGUGAUCCAUAAACUGUAGAGUCUUGGUCAGAAGUGAUCUCAAAUUUUUGGCACUUAACUUGAAAUUAAUAAAAGAUGAAGAUGAAGGAC